AUGUAUCGAAAUCCAUAUCAAUGGUAUGCGCCAACUCUCGAUGCUUCCAUGGACACCCGUCGUCUUACAAUGCGACCAUUUAAAGUACCAGUUCAAAAAAUUCUAUCUUCAGUCGAUCUUCGUCGUUGGCUAACACCAGUUAAAAAUCAAGCGCAAACCGACGCAUGUGCUGCUAAUGCUUUUGCUGGCGCCAUUGAGUAUAUCAUUAAACGUCGAGCCGGUCAUAAUGUUAAUGUUUCAAGGUUAUUUAUUUAUUAUAAUGGUCGAAUGAUCCAACAACGUAGUUUUGAAGUGACUGAUGGCGGAGCAUCAAAACGAACGAUUGCAUUAGGUUUACGAAAAUUUGGUGUGUGUGCUGAAUUUGUUUGGCCUUACGAACGUGCUUAUAUUGAUCAAACGCCUCCAGCUCAUGUUUAUGAAGCCGCAAGUCAAAUAUCAGUUGUAGUUUUAUCGGUUCCACGAACUUUAGCAGCUCUGAAAGCCUGUUUAAGUAAUGAAGUACCGUUUCUCAUCGGAAUUCGUCUAUUACCUCAAGCAACCAAUGAAGCCAAAUACAAUCGUGGUUUCAUAACAAUGCCGAAUCCGAACGAUGCCAACAUAUUAUCUGUUCCUACCCAUGCUGUUCUCGUUGUUGGCUAUGAUGAUCGAACAGGUCACUUUAUAGUGCGAAACUCCUGGGGAGAAGAUUGGGGCCAAAACGGUUAUUUUUAUGUCCCAUAUCAAUACAUGUUGGAAAAUAAUCUUGUCAACGUUGCAGACGGUGUCUGGGCUAUUCCUGAUGUUGUACGUCGUUCAAAAACUCUACCUACUGUUCGUCAAUUGGUACUCUCCGAUCGUGUUGGUGACGCUCGGUAUCAAUAUAAUCCGCACUAUUAUCGACAUGGAUAUACGGUAUAUUAA